AUGUCGUCAAUAGUAUUGAAUACGCUACGCAGGGAGGCUUUGUGUCGGUUUCGUACCUUUAUCGUCCAGCACAGACCCACCACCGUGAUAGUGUUGAGAGAGUUUCGUGAGAACGCUGGGCUCAGGCAUCCUUACGCUGAGCAGAAUAAACACAAGCGAGAGGAGUUUUCGCUUCUGGAAGCGACACAUCAUGAUGCCGAUCGUUUCGGGACGCUUUCACCACAGGUCGACGAACCGGAAACGCCUGAUAAAGGUGACCUGUGCGAGGAGGAGUUUCUUCAGCGAGGAACCCUCCGGAGACAAAGGUUCUCCAUACGCCAGUACGCCGAUAUGAUCAAGGAUCAUUUGAAAAACAACCGCAUUCAAGAGGCCAUCGACGUGGUGGCGGUUACUAUGAAGAAUGAUCGCGUGAAACCGACAAACUAUCACUUUAACCUGCUAAUCGGGGGAUGCUCUCGUGUGGGGUACAGUAAAAAGGCCUUCCAACUGUAUAACAAAAUGAAACAACACGGGUUGAAAGUAACAGGCGGAACGUACACGUCUCUCUUCAAUGCGUGCGCCAUGUCACCUUUCCCCGGAGACGGAUUGAAACGAUCCAAUCAGCUGCGGGAAGUGAUGCUGGAAAAAGGGUACGACCCGAAUGAGACAAACUACAACGCAAUGAUAAAGGCAUACGGGCGUUGCGGGGACUUGAAGACGGCUUUCCAGUUGGUUGACGAAAUGAUGUCGCGUCAGCUGCCAAUUGCAACGGACACGUUUAAUUUUCUUCUGCAAGCAUGCAUAAGCGACAACGAGCACGGCUUUCGGCAUGCACUGUUGGUAUGGCAUCGGAUGCAUCGAAUGCAGGUUACACCGAACCGUUACUCGUUUAACCUGUUACUGCGAUGUGUUCGCGAUUGCCAAAUGGGACCGAUCGAGACAAUGGAAGAGUGCAUCGAACAGAUCCUCAGCAAUAGCAUUGGAAACCUGGGGUCAAACAUGAUAACAAGAAGCGAAAAAUCCGUAAUGGACGACCUACCUAAUGUUAGAAUAGCAGAACCGACGGCCGUCCAAACGAACAUUACCAAACCACUUCAAUCUGAAGGAGUUCCGGAUUUACUGUCACCUAGUCCUCAUCUGGGAAGCUUGGUAAAGCUAGGUGAGGUACGAAAACCGGAAGAUCGAUUGCUGCUGCUGGGUGGGUUUGCGAAAGUGCUUUCCGAAAUGGCAAAAUGCGGUGCUGAACCAGAUAUUCGAACCAUGACCGAACUUCUGGAUGUCAUUCCACCGACGUACGCAGCAGAAAAACAUAUACUAACAACGAUAAAGCAGCUAAAGCUUCGCUGCGAUAUUGACUUUUUCAAUAUUCUCAUCAAGAAGCGAUCGAUGCGGUUUGAUUACGAAGGUGCAAAGGAUGUGUUGCAUAUGAUCGAGGCUGCUAACCUGGAACCGGACAUCGUUACCUACGGUGUGCUGGCGCUCGGUUGCCAGACACAGGACGAAGCACGGUCGCUGCUGAAAAUGAUGCACGAAGUAGACGUGCGCGUUAACAUACAAAUCCUUGGUGCUAUGUUACGGCAGGGAUGUGCACGGAGAAACUUUCGCUACAUCACCGAGAUUCUCAACAUCGUUAAGCGCGAACGGUUAAUGCCGAACGAACAGUUUUUGCGCCACUUGGAAGAUUUUACGAAGGUGUGUGAAAAGCGAGAUCGUGAAUACGAGUCAAAGCCAAACAAAAAGGACCGUGAGGUGUUUAAAAUGGAGUACAACCGUUACCGGAUGCAGCUGGACGCGUGGCGUGAGCACAUGGGAUUGCAUGGGUUAGCAUUGGACCAGGCACUAGGAAUCGUACGCAGUCAUCCUUGGGAACAGUUUAAGGAACCGCAAGCUGCGGGGUACGAAAAUGUAAAAAAUCUGAAGCUUCGUCAUAAGAAAAAAAAGCUACAUUAUAUCCAGAAGAUAGAUCUGGAUGCAAUCAGUAGUGGGGAAGAGAAGAAUAAUGCUGGGACCAAGAAAGGAUUGAUAAGUUAG